UCUAUUCUAUUGUUUCAUUUCAAUAACAAGGUCAAAUAUUUCCCACGGUAAUUAUCUUCCAUAUUUCGCACUAUUAGGCAUUUCUACUAAAAUGACUGAUAAAUUACUCAUCAAAAAGCGAAGUUCAAUGAAGGCUAAGCUCACUCAUUUCAAUAAUCAUUUACAGCUUUUAUUGAGCAGCGAAUGCUUAUCCAAGUUACAGCGCAGAGACUUAGAAAGCCGCUUCGAUAAAUUCAUAAGAAUUUACGAUGAAUUUGAUUAUUUACAGACCGAGAUCAAGAUCCAUUCAGACAAUUUAGAGGAGGCUUAUGAGGCUCGAGCCCAAUUUGAAGAGCAAUAUCACUCACAGAUUGCACAAGCGCAGACCCUACUCGCUGACAAUCCGGACGAGGAUAUAAAGCGCGACUCUGGUGAGUUUGUAACGGGCUCGGAAGAUGGACCAGCAUUGGUUCGAGUCGUCAGCUCAAACGGUGAAAAACACACUGCGCGAAUGUUACUCGACAACGGGAGUACAUCCAACUUCAUAACUGAGAGUCUAUGUGAUAAGCUGAAUCUACCAAGGUCUAGUGCGAGCUCCAUGGUUACAGGUAUUAACAACUUAAUAACAGAAGACACGUAUCAGCUAGUGAACGACCUGGCGCUGCCAAAAGACGUUCAGCAGGUACCGUACGAGGAGGUCAUCAAACUUCUGGAUGGCCAUUUCACUCCCAGGCAAGUGAGCUUCAGUGAGAGACAUAGUUUCUAUGCCGCAGAGCAGACCGCACACUGCAAGUUCACUAACGUGGAGGAGACGCUACGGGAUCGGUUCGUGAUGGCCAUGCUGCUGGGACCUGAAAAGGAGAUGCUGUUCGUGCAGGAGUUGUCGGGGCUGACAUUAGCUAAGGCCGUGGAACUAGCGCCGUAG